AUAAAUAAAUUAAUAUUAAAAACUAUUUACAUUGCUUGGGUUAUGUCGAACGUGUUUAAAAUGCUUAUUUUGAUAUUUUAAUAUAUUCAUUUGAUGAAAGUAAAAGGCGUCGUUGUGGGUUAAAGAAUUUCGCAAAAAUUAAUUGAAAUCCAAACGGUAGUAAACAAGCAGGCCCCAUUCGCAGUUGCGCGAAAGCUUGUCAAAGGAAAAUGAUUGAUUAGGCGCGAAACUUGUUUACGAAAAAGAAGAAAAGAAGAAGUUUGAAGAUUUUUUGCUGGAGUUGCGUCGGAUCACAGCUGACAAAUGACCAUCGUAAAACUACCACCUAUGGGCGUGCGGCACCUGCAGGUGCUGUUCCUCUUCACUUGCGCCGUCUUGACAUUCCACCAGCGCGUGAGUUUAUCAGUCGGCAUUGUAGCGAUGACAAAUGCCAACACCACAAAUCCAGACUUUCCAGAAUAUGAGCUAAGCGAACGUGAAAAGUCUUAUAUGUUGGGCAGCAUCUAUUGGGGCUCAACCCUUACUCACCUAUUGGGAGGCUAUCUUUCCAGUCGGUAUGGUGCUAAACUGCUUUUAUUAUGUAGUGUGUUGGGCACUUCGGUGCUAGGGCUGUGUUUGCCGGUUGCAAUUGAUAAAGUUUGUUGGCGUCUAUUUUGUGUAAUACGCAUUCUGCAAGGACUUUUUCAAGGAGUUAUGUGGCCAUCAUUGUAUUCGCAUCUAGCGAAAUGGUGUCCUAAAAAAGAACGUAAUCGUUUGGGCGGCAUAGCGCAAACUGGCUUGGAUAUUGGAACUGCAUUGGGAUUUGCUGCAAGUGGUUUAUUGGCAGCAUCACCUUUAGGUUGGCCUAGCAUGUUUUAUGUACCGGGUGUAAUUGGAAUUAUUUGGUCUCUGUUGUGGAUUAUCUUUGGCGCUAGUAGCCCAGAAAAAUCGUCUUUUAUAUCGCAGGCUGAGCUGCAACUUAUACAGAGCUCACAAGAGACUCCAGUGCAUAGUACAACAAAACGUAGUAUACCAUUUUGCGCUAUAAUCACUUCUGUGCCUUACAUUGUGUUAGCUAUUUGUAAAGUAAGCCAGGCCACCAGCUAUCACACAUUGAUGCAACAAAUUCCAACCUACCUACAUGGCAUCUUUAACUACGAUAUUAAGAUCAAUGCGCUCUUAUCGGCACUUCCUUUCGUUUUUAUGUGCGUAAUGUCGUAUGUGUGUCUCGUAGUUGCUGAUAUUUUGACACACAAUGAACUGGUCAGUCUUACUGUUAUAAGGAAGUCUAUCAAUUCAUUUGCCUCCUGGGUACCUGCUGUUUCAUUUAUAGCACUCGCUUAUAUGGAUGCGGAAAACGUUGUUGGCAGCAUAAUUUGCUUAGUGAUUUGUGUGGCUUCUAUUUCAGCUCAAGCUAUUGGUAGUUCUUUAAAUCACAUCGAUUUGUCGCCCAAUUACGCUGGAUUUCUGUUUGGUCUUACAACCACGCUAAUGAGUAUUGCGGGCGUUUUAUCCCCAGUAGCCAUCAGUUUUGUUGUGACAGAUGAGAGUGAUCGCGAACAGUGGCGAAUCGUUUUUAUUGCAAUUGCAUUAAUUUUAUUUUUUGGAAAUUUACUUUACAUAAUUUUUGGCCAGAUGACAGUGCAGCCAUGGAAUGAUCCCAUUACUAAAUCAACCGAGCAACAACAACAACAGGGCCCGAGUGAACACACAACAAAACUUUAGAAUCUUUGUAAUGUAUGUAAGUCCAUAAUAAAAAUAAAUGUUUUUUCUAUGAUGAUUUAAAAUUAAUAAU